UAUUUUGUCUCACCUCGACCUUUCCUUGCCCCUCUUGACAGUUCUUCUUGAACUACUUAAUUUACGUUACGCAAGGCACAUGGGAUGUUGUCAAAUAACUGGAUUUCACCGCCUAACCCACUGAAAUUGUGACAUCGUGAGAUGGAUCCAGACGCCGGUACUACGCGCGACCCCCGUCUCGCCAGUCGCUCGUCCAGACCGCCCCUGAACCGACAGUUCUCCCUCAACACCAUCUCGACAGGCUCGCCGAUUCGCUUCAGAUCGGGCUCUCAACCGUCUGGGAACGUCUCGCCAGUUGACAUCCAGAAUGCCACGACCGAUCAAUUUAUACGCGGGGUCUCCGAUUUGGUACAGGCAGCCGUAAUCGCCGCCAACAGUCAGUCCGAGAAGGAGAGGCUUCAGAAGCGGAGGGAGACGACAGAGAACCUUCUAAAGAAAGCCAAAUCCCAUGCCAGCUUCCCUUCUACCGCUGCCUUUUUCCAGCAAUCGCAGAAGGAGGAAGAUGUUGAUCUCACCCGGGUGGACGAUGCCCUCAAAAAACAUGCCGCCCACUACAAGCAGCUGGAGAAUGCUCUACGAGCCAAAUUCAGUUCCAUCAUCUCUCUGGAUACUCCCAGAAAUGAAGACAGGCUCAAUCAAUUGCAACGCGAUCUACAAUAUGCGAGAAACGGCAUGGGCAAUACUCAGAGCGAAAUUGCGAAGCUUCGCGAUUACAAUAUCAACCUGGAAAGCAAGAUGAAGGCUAUCCAAGAUAAAAUGAGCGCGCUCGACAAAACCGCAACAAGCCAUGCGAGCACACUCAGCACGCAUACCAGACUCACCAAAGAGACCUCUGAGCGUAUUACUAAGAUAACUUCGGAGUUGGAGACUGCGUCUGUCGCUAAGGAGACACAAAACGAGUCGGCCGUGCUCAAGAUGCAUAUUGACGAGUUAAGGACACAGGCUUCAGACUUGGGCGUGAAAAUCGAGUCUCUGCAGCAGUCCCAGCGGGAAUCGGCUGGGCAGUUUGAUAAGCUCACUACGAGCAUAGAUGAUUAUCGGAAGCAGCAUGACACUCAGAGUAGUGAAAACACCCGAUCUCUAGCGGCGCUUAACGCGCGUUUAAGUUCGGUCGAACAGAAGAGGAUGCAACCCUCUCCACCUGCGGAGGGCACGACUACUGUCCCGUCAGUCAUCUUCAAAGAACUGGAAUCACGACUACACAAGCUGGAAAGCGAUUUCUCUGGGCAGUAUAAGCCUGACCCAACGUUGGGGACCCAAGUUCAAGAGAUGAAGGAUCGGCAUUAUGAAAUGCAAAAAAUUCAGGAGAUGAAGGAUGACCUUCAAUGCUCUCAGAUGGAGGAUUUGAAAAGAGUAUGGGAAACGGGUGCCCGGGAAUUGGAGAAGAUCCAGGCCAAUCAUGCGCGACUCAAAGAGGAGAUGAAGGGCUUGAGCCAAAACCAAACGAAUUCCGCUAUGGUUCAGGAGCAGAUCGCUGGACUUUCGACCGGUCUCCGCAACACACAACAUGUAGUUGACACUGUGAAGGUCGGGCUGCAAUCCUUCGAAGCAAGGUACAACAGUCUCUCAACGGAUGCCAUUGUCAAGAACAUGGUUGUGGCCAUGCAAGAGAUGUACCCCUCGACAACGCAGUUGACGGAGCAGAUCUCCAUCAUGAAGGGCUGGUUUGAACGAGAGGUACCCGCCAUGAAAGCGGCAGUGAAUCGCCUGCAUUAUGAUUGCCUGAGCCUGCGGGAAGAUCUACAGAAAGAAACGGCUUUGCGCGUGGAGGAAGUGGCCCGCUUAAGAAGAGAUCACACGAAUUUGACACAGUCCCUCGCCCCUGUGUGGGAGCGGCUCACAGCACAGAGUCAGAAUCGGUGGCUCACCGCAGAUGAUUUGCGACAACUACACGGUGACCUGCACUCUUUGGAGGCCAAAUUGAAUGAGCAUACGAGCAAAGUUGACGGAUACAUGACGUCAAGAAUUGAAGAAGAGAAAUCACUAGUCCAGAACCUGAACCUUGACCGGGCUGAUUUGCACAGGCAGGUCAAAGCCCUAGCUGACGAACAAGUGGCCCUGGCGAAGCGAAUAUCUGGUGCUCGAAAGGACGAUGAUCUGCAGGGUCGAGUCAGCGCCUUAGCUGAUAAGCAAGAAGAUCUAGUGGAAAAAAUCACUCGUUUGCAGAACGACAACUGGCGAAAUCAAUUUCAAGUUCUCUCUGACGAGCAGAAAGACUUGGCGAAAAGAUUUUCCGAUUCCCAGAAAGGUAACUUGCCAGGUCGAGUCAAGGCCCUGGCAGACGAGCAGCAAACGCUGGCAAAAUCAUUCUCCUCUUUCCAAAAAGAUGAAUUGCGAACAGAGGUCAAAGCUUUGGCCGAUGAGCAGCAGGCACUGGUGAAAAGAUUCAUCAAUUCUCAGAGGAAUGAAGAUCUACAUGGACAGCUCAAAUCCCUAGCUGGAAAGCUAGAGAUCCUCACGGCAAGAUUUUCCGAGUACCAGAAAGAGAAUCUGCAGGAUCAAGUCAAAGCUUUAGCUGAGAAGCAGGGAAUCUUAGCAGAGAGAUUCGCCGAAUCCCAAAAAAGCAACCUGCAGAGUCAAGUCAAAGCCGUACUUGAUGAACAGAAAACCUUGGUCGAGAGAUUUGCCGAUGCUCGGAAGGAUCACAACCAACUUAAAGCUCUUGUUGAGGCGCAAGAUAAUCUGGUAAAGAUGUUGUCUGGGGCCCAAGCAAGUAACGACAGCGAUUUGAAAAAGUUACGGUCUUGCCCAGAUGAACUCAAGUCAAUGCUUGAUCGUGUUUGUCAGCUAGAAGACGCCGCUCUGGACAAGUAUCAGGGCUUGCUUGAAAAGAAUAGGCUGCUCGAAGACUCCACGUCAAAAAACCAUAAGUCGUUGGAGCAAAGCCUCGAUGACCUGUGGCGGACUGUUGAGCGCCGUGAACCUCCACGACAAACUGAAGCACCGCUUCCCCAACCCGACAACACCAGCAUAUUAAAGUGUGAGGAUGAGGAGAAUGCGCAGGAAGAGGAAGUCAAGCAAAUAAUGAGCAUAGCCGAAACAACCCCAGGGCCUGCUCAAUCGCAGAAAAAGAGAAAGCGAACGCGUCCUAAUACCUUAUCUGACGAAGAACGUUCGAGUUUAUCCCGACAUGGAUCCCCGAAAUCCAAUGCUCUGGCCUCCCCGGUGGGAACGGACGCAACGCCAUCAACCGACAACAGAAAAAACCGCAACAAGAGAAAAAAGAAGAAUCGGAGGGGCCAGGCCGGAGAACACAGGAUGCAGCCGACAGGCCCAAUAAUUGUUGACUAAGGGGGUAAGGCUUACCCCGGGAAACCGGCUUUUUGGAGCCCUUGGCAUUACGAGGUUACGAAUGUUAUGAAUCCAUCGCUAGUCAAAAGUUGGAUUUCUGCUGGAUAUCCAUGUGUUGCAAAUGCUUAUUUACUUUUCUUCUUCUGCCUUGUGGUUUCAGGUGACACGAUCCCGGGCCUUUUUCUGUUUGAUACUAUCCAAAAGUUUUGCACAUAUGCAAUAAUGUACAUGCUCGGUGUCCUGUAUCUAUGUCUGUAUGCGCGUUCAUUAUAGUAAAGCACUACGGAGCAUCCUGA